UCUUUGAUCCUUGCGACCCACCCAGCUCCCUCUCUGGGAUUUAACUUGGAGAAUCAAGGCCUGGACUUUGGCCGGAGGAACUUUUGUUCCCAUCCUGAUUUCUCCUGGUCUUCAGCUGUCUGGUCCUGUCUGUGUUUUCAACCAUCCCAGAACAUCAAAAAUUUGCCAACCAGUGUCUCUUCAUCCUGGAAUUCGUAAUGAUUGUAGUUUUCGGAAUGGAAUACAUCGUCCGGGUUUGGUCGGCGGGAUGCUGCUGCCGCUACCGAGGAUGGCAGGGUCGCUUCCGCUUUGCACGGAAACCUUUCUGCGUCAUAGAUUUCAUCGUCUUUGUUGCCUCCCUGGCCGUCAUUGCUGCUGGCACCCAGGGGAACAUCUUUGCUACUUCGGCACUGCGUAGCAUGCGCUUUCUCCAGAUCUUGCGCAUGGUGCGCAUGGACCGCCGUGGCGGCACUUGGAAGCUCUUGGGUUCAGUGGUUUAUGCUCACAGCAAGGAGCUGAUCACGGCCUGGUACAUCGGGUUCCUGGUACUCAUCUUUGCUUCCUUCCUUGUCUACUUGGCGGAGAAAGAUUCCAACAAAGAUUUUCUCACUUAUGCAGACUCGCUCUGGUGGGGUACAAUCACGCUCACCACCAUCGGCUAUGGGGACAAGACCCCCCACACUUGGCUGGGCCGGGUGCUGGCAGCCUGCUUUGCCUUGUUGGGCAUCUCCUUCUUUGCUCUACCUGCUGGUAUUCUGGGCUCUGGGUUUGCUCUCAAGGUCCAAGAGCAACAUCGGCAGAAGCAUUUUGAGAAGAGAAGGACGCCAGCAGCCAACUUGAUCCAGGCCGCUUGGCGUCUUUACUCAACGGACAUCAGCCGGGCGUACCUGACGGCCACCUGGUGCUACUAUGACAGCAUCCUCCCAUCCUUUAGAGAAUUGGUCCUUAUGUUUGACCACUUGCACCGAGCUCGCAAUGGAGGGCUUAGGAAGCCUGAGGUGAGGAAAUACCCCGAUGGAGCGCCACUGCAUUAUCACUGCUUCAUCUCUGGCAUGAAAACCGCCGGUCCUCCCUUUUACUCAGGGGAAAGCAAUAAAAUGGGCAUCAAGGACCGCAUCCGCCUGAGCAAUUCCCAGAGGCAGGGCAGUCGAGGAAAGCAGCAUCUGGUGCCGCCCCUCCGCCGCUCACCCAGCACCGAGAACGUCAAUGAGGCCUCCAGCCCCACCAAGGUCCAGAAAAGCUGGAGCUUCAAUGACCGGACGCGGUUCCGGGCCUCAUUGAGGCUGAAGCCCCGGAUACCUGUGGAAGUUGAUGGUCCUGCAGAGGAAAGCAGUGAGGAGAAGACCUACCAGUGCGACUUAACCUUUGAGGAUAUCAUGCCCGCUGUCAAGACUCUCAUCAGGGCGGUCAGAAUCCUCAAAUUUCUGGUGGCCAAAAGGAAGUUCAAGGAGACAUUGCGCCCAUAUGAUGUCAAGGAUGUUAUUGAGCAGUAUUCAGCCGGCCACCUGGACAUGCUGGGAAGGAUCAAGAGUCUUCAGACCCGGGUGGACCAGAUUGUGGGUCGUGGAGCCAUCGCUAUUGACAAGAAGGUGCGGGAGAAAGUUGAGAAGUCAUCGCUGGAGAUGGAACUGGUGGAUGAGUUCAGUAUGCUGGGAAGAGUGGUCAAAGUGGAGAAGCAGGUACAGUCCAUUGAACACAAGCUGGAUUUGCUGCUAGGCGUCUACUCGCAAUGCUUGAGGAAAGGCUCCAUCAACUCCAUCAGCCUCACAGCCAUGCCCAUCCCUACAGGAGAGCCAGACAUCACCUCAGACUACCACAGUCCUGUAGACCAUGAGGACAUCUCUGUCUCUGCUCAGACCUUGAACAUUUCCCGGUCAGCUAGCACCAACAUAGACUAAGGUGGCCCCCAGUCUAGCUGUACAACAGUGAUACACCAGCCAUAUUGGGGAGGGGUGAGGAGAAGGGGAGGGGAUCUUCCUGCUUCCAGGGCAAGGAGGACAGCAGACAGCUCAAGGAGAUAGGACUCCUCUAAGCCAAAACCUUCUUCAACCUCACCAUGUUGACAGAGCUUUGGUGGACACUGUACCCUCAAUGCACCGUAAGUGUUGCCUCAACUUUACUUGAAGUCUUCCAGCUGAGGACAGAUGUUCCAAGAGCAACAUGGACAUCAGACCUGCAGCAUGAGCCAUCGUGGCAUCAUUAAUGGUUUCCUAAAUGCAACAGCACCCAUCAGAUAUAACUGAGAAAUGCCUCUGUAGGUUGUAUACGCUGGUGAGUAGGACAUUAAUGAGCAGAACUCAGAUGGUGGUGAGGAAACCAUCUCAGCCUAGAAUGAAUUUGUGGGGUGGGCUCCUCUUUUGCCCACCCAUCCUCCUAUGAGUAGCACCUACCAUGGUCUUCUGCUACCUUGCAGCAUCUCCAGGGGCAUUCAAUUUCAGAGGAGUUGACACUAAGAUUUCUCCAGAUCUGAAGUGUCACCUUCUUGGCCUUUUGAGUCUCAACAAUAGCUCACCGAUCGAGCCGACCAUAUUGGAGGUCCCAGCUGCUUAGCAACUUUUCUCUGACAGCUGUCAAUUCCAGACUUCUUCCUUUUGGGGGAACUGGGUUGGAGAUGCUACUUAACAGCUAUGCAAACGCUAGGGCCCCCUUCCUUCCUUCCUU